UCCAAACAAGCUGUGCAUCUCCAGAAAAUGCCACGUUGAAUAAAUAAAUAGGCAUGCAGCAUUUGGCUGAGUGACAUAAGACAACAAGUCGUUUAAGUCGGUGCUUCACAUUUCUCCUGCAUAUAUCUUCAAAUUAUUUUUCAAUUCCGUCCUCCCUCUGUUCACCGGCGAUAUGGCUCUUUUACGGAGACUAUCUACAGCAGCAACUUCUCGUCGUCCUGCUUUAAUCUCCUCUUCCGCUCUGCAUAUUCACACUGCUGCAUCCUCAGCUCCGGCGGAAGUCGGAACUCCACAGCCUCCGUCGCCGAGACCGUCGUCUCCGCCGGCGUUGCCUAAGGCGGCGGAAUAUGUGAUUUCAAAGGUGGAUGACCUGAUGAAUUGGGCUCGACGUGGAUCAAUAUGGCCGAUGACUUUCGGACUGGCUUGUUGUGCUGUGGAGAUGAUGCAUACAGGUGCGGCUAGGUAUGAUUUGGACCGGUUCGGUGUUAUAUUCCGGCCCAGCCCGAGACAGUCUGAUUGCAUGAUCGUUGCUGGUACUCUUACUAAUAAGAUGGCUCCCGCCUUGCGAAGGGUAUAUGAUCAGAUGCCGGAACCGAGGUGGGUGAUAUCGAUGGGGAGCUGUGCAAAUGGAGGUGGUUAUUACCACUACUCAUACUCAGUAGUGAGGGGCUGUGAUAGGAUUGUUCCUGUUGAUAUUUAUGUACCUGGUUGUCCUCCCACUGCUGAGGCAUUGCUCUAUGGUAUUUUGCAGCUUCAGAAGAAAAUUCACCGCAGAAAAGAUUUUCUUCAUUGGUGGACCAGUUAAUAUGAUCAUGAUCCUUCAAAUUAUAGUGUAUGUGGUACUUAUCUUUCAUAUAUAUAUAUGUGUGUGUGUGUUAUGCUUCUUGUGUGUACUCAAGAUGCAUGCCAAUAAAAUGGAAGCUGGAACGUCAAGUGGAUAGAGUUAACCUUUGUAGUGUCGGGCUAAAAAAAAGGAGAUAGCAUAAUGCUGGUCCGACUUGUAUAUCGUAUUUGGUUGAAGAAGCAUCGGACAAGUUGGAGUUCUUACUUUCUUGGGACUCCACUAUCAAGAUCUGUUUUUAUUAUAUGGUCAUAUCACAUAUGGAUGUAGAAAAAGCUUAUACCACUAGAGAAUCUAUAAACUAGCUAAAGCUACAAUGGGAUUUCGUGUAGUUGUAAUUAGUAAGAUGUUAAAAACUGUAUUACUCCUGUGAUGUACUUAGGUGAUUAUACUAAUAUUAGUAGUAACAGUUAUAAUCA